CGCUCACUCGCUCCUUCUUGUCGGCGGCACGCUCAGUGGGGGCUAUGGCGGCGGCGGCUGGCGGCGGAGGACGGGGCAGCACCCGCGAGCGGCUUUUGGCUGCGCUGGACGACCUGGAGCUUCUUGCCAGGGAACUGAUUGAAAUGUUGGCCAUUUCAAGAAAUCAGAAACUUGUACAACCUGGUGAAGAAAGGCAGAUCCUGGAGCUGUUGAUUCAGAGGGAUAAAGAGUUCCAAGAAUUAAUGAAAUUGGCCCUUGAUCAAGGGAAAAUACAUCAUGAGAUGCAGCUAUUGGAAAAAGUGAUGGAGAAGAGGGACAAUGAUAUCCAGCAGCUUCAGAAACAACUGAAAGAAGCAGAGCAUAUAUUGGCCACAGCUGUUUAUCAAGCUAAAGAAAAACUGAAAACAAUAGAAAAGGCAAGAAAAGGGGCAGUCUCAUCUGAAGAAAUAAUUAAAUAUGCUCAUAGAAUUAGUGCCAGCAAUGCUGUUUGUGCUCCUCUGACAUGGGUGCCAGGCGACCCGAGGAGGCCAUACCCAACUGAUCUGGAGAUGAGGAGUGGUUUGCUGGGUCAGAUGAACAACCCAUCAGCAAAUGGUGUCAACGGACACUUACCAGGCGAUGCACUUGCAGCAGGCAGACUGCCAGAUGUACUCGCACCUCAGUAUCCCUGGCAAUCAAGCGACAUGUCAAUGAACAUGCUACCGCCUAAUCACAGCAAUGACUUUAUGCUGGAACCUCCUGGACACAAUAAGGAGAAUGAAGACGAUGUGGAAGUCAUGUCAACAGAUUCCUCAACCAGCAGUAGUGACUCGGAUUAGGGACUGAGACUGACUCAGUCUGUUUGGUGCACAUUAUUUACAUCAUGAACACCUGCUCUGCAAUCCAGAGAACCACAGUGUAAGGGGAAAAACUGCCUACAACUUGGACAUUUGAAUUGCUGCUCAUUCAGAAUAACCCAGCUAUGGCUGGAAAGUGUCUUGGAGAAAGUGAAGCUUGUUUCCAGCAGUUGUAACACAAUUUAUUUCAGUGUGUAGAUAAAACAAAUUCUGGAAGAAGAAAUAGAAAGAACAACUAUAGGGAGUGGUAGCUGAUCAUCCUUUAAUUUGUGGAAGGGGCUGUUUUUUCUAAUGGUGGUGACAGCAAACAGACUGAGGAUAUUUUCACUAAUUCCCCUAAUAGAAUAGAUAGUUGAAUAGAUAGUUAGAAUAGAUAGUUGGAGGCCAUGAAGGAAUUUGGGGAAAGUAUCUGCAUUUCCAUGAACAGAAAUAUUAUUUGGAGUGAAUUUCACUCACAGAAUCUCUGGAUUAAUCUCUCUAACUUUUCAGAGCGAAUGUGCAAUGUGAAAACAGUUAAACUUAUACAGAUAUUAGAAGUGCUGGAUUCAGCUUAUGACCAGUAUAUAGAAUAUAAGCUUCAACUAACUUUAGUGUAUUAUGGACAGCUUUCCCUCAAACAAAAGCAUACCACUAGUCAUCUUUUUUUUCCGAAAACCAUGCAAUAGGAGGGCAUAAAGUUGUAUCCACUUGUUGUUGCAGGAAAUAAAGCUGAUCCAACCAGU